AACACCUUACUUCUGGGCACUCAGGGAUCAGCCCCGCAUUGCUUGUCUUUCCCACGCGACCCUUGAGAAAGUCCUCAAUCUAAUCCAGCGACCGACAUUUUGCCCCCCUGCAAUAAACUGUUGAAUGAGGGGCAAAGUCCAAGCAUAGCAUUUGCUUCCGACUUCUCAAAACAAUCUUGUCUUGCCCAUAGGACGGAGAUCUUGCGCAUCGUCCCCCAAGCGCCUUUUUAAGACCUUUUUUUCCUUCGCGUUAUAUUUUGCGCAAGGGCGUCUGAUCAGGCACAAUGUCUUCCACCACGACCACCACGACGGCGCAGCCGAUCACAGCCGAGACCAUCUUGAGCCUGUUCCCUGACAUUGACACCAGCGGAGAGGCUCUGGACGGCCACGAUGAGGAGCAGAUCAGGCUCAUGGACGAAGUGUGCAUCGUCGUCGACGAGAACGACAUGCCCAUCGGAAAAGGCAGCAAGAAGAUUUGCCAUCUCAUGACCAACAUAGAAAAGGGACUUCUGCACCGGGCCUUCUCCGUCUUCCUCUUCAACGACAAGAACGAGCUGCUCCUCCAGCAGCGCGCGACGGAAAAGAUCACCUUCCCCGACAUGUGGACCAACACCUGCUGCUCGCAUCCCCUCGGCAUACCAGGCGAGACUGGAUCGAACCUCCCGGACUCCAUAAUGGGCGUUAAGCGCGCGGCGCAGCGCAAGCUGGACCACGAGCUCGGCAUCAAGAAGGAGCAGGUGCCGCUCGAGAACUUCCACUUCCUCACUCGCAUACACUACAAGGCGCCCAGUGACGGCAAAUGGGGUGAGCAUGAGGUGGAUUACAUCCUCUUCAUCAAGGCCAACGUGGAUCUCGACAUCAACAAGAACGAGGUCCAGGCCACACAAUACAUCUCGGCAGAUGGCCUCAAGGCCUUUUUCAAGGACCCCGCAGCCAAGUUUACGCCGUGGUUCAAGCUAAUAUGCGAGUCGAUGCUCUUCGAGUGGUGGCAGCACCUCGACUCGGGCCUGGAGAAGUACACCAACGAGCAGGAAAUCCGAAGAAUGCUCUAGUUUGCUCCAAGGCAAAUGAUGAUUCCGCUUUGAUUACUGGAACGGUCCGACCGACGCCUGAAAUGGCAUGCAAGCUAUCUGAUUUUAAACGAGCCGUGUAUUAUAACCAACUAACGCACGGCUUACAUUUCCUUGGCUCUUUUUGCUUGGCUUGACCCCAGGACCUGUACUGGGGGGGAAUACAACAAAGAUACUGUUAGAACAAAAGAAACCACUAAUGGAGACCAUGCUCUCAAACGCACACGCUGCUGGUUGUUCGGGUUUCGCUGCUGAGCGCGCUAAUAUAAAAAAAGAACACAAUUUAUUGCGAGUGGAAUGGGCUAUUUGUAUUGCAUGUUACCUGUGAUUGGAGAUAUGAUGAUAGGCAGCGUAUACCAACGCGCUUAACUGCAGCUCAGGGCAGCAACAAAACAUCCCAAUCUCACUGCGUGUGGUAGUCAGCUCAAAGCGUGCUUUGGUUAACUGGUAUAUGGGGUAUAUGUGGUGCAGUCCUCUACUCGAACAACGGCAACCGCUCACUGAAAGUGAAUUGGGACGGUUUUUCUAUGCCAUUUCCAUCGUUCGGAGGAAACAAUAUUCUAGCUGUAAUCAC